AGGCCGCGGGGCGCGGUGGCGGGCGGGCGGUCAGUCGGGCGGGUGGCGGCGGAGGGGGAAGGAGGGGUGUCGCUGGCGCUCCGCCGCCAUCAUGUCGCGGGGUCGGGAGCGGGUGGUGGCCCUGGUGGACAUGGACUGCUUCUUCAUGCAGGUGGAGCAGCGCUUCGACCCGCAGCUGCGCGGCCGGCCCUGCGCCGUGGUGCAGUACAACAAGUGGCAGGGCGGCGGGAUCAUCGCGGUGAGCUACGAGGCGCGCUCCUUCGGCGUGGCCCGCGGGAUGUGGGCGACCGAGGCGCGGGCGCUGUGCCCCGAGCUGCUGCUGGCCAGGGUGCCCGAGGCGCGGGGCAAGGCCGACCUCAGCCGGUACCGGGAGGCCAGCGCCGAGGUGAUGGAGGUGCUGUCGCGCUUCGCCGCCAUCGAGCGGGCCAGCAUCGACGAGGCGUACCUGGACCUGACGGGCAGCGCUCGGGAGAGGCUGCGGGAGCUGCGGGGCCGGCCCCUGGGUGCCGAGCUGCUGCCCACCACCUUCGUGCAGGGGCUGCCCGCCGGCCCGGACCCCCAGCACGCCGCCAAGGAGGAGCUGCGGGAGCGUGGCGUGCAGGAAUGGCUGGCAUCGCUGUCCUUCGAUAGCCCCGACUGUCCUGACCUGCAGCUGACUAUGGGAGCGGUAAUCGUGGAAGAAAUGAGGGUGGCCGUAGAGAAAGCCACUGGGUUCAGGUGCUCAGCUGGGAUUUCGCACAACAAAAUGCUGGCGAAACUGGCCUGUGGGUUAAACAAGCCCAACCGCCAGACACUGGUAUCUUCACGAUCUGUCCCGCAGCUCUUCAGCCAGAUGCCUGUCAGCAAUAUCCGUAACCUGGGGGGCAAGCUUGGUGCUGCCAUCACGGACAUCCUGGAAGUGGAGUACAUCGGGCAGGUGACGCAGUUCAGUGAGACGGAGCUCCAGACUCACUUUGGAGACAAGACAGGGUCCUGGCUCUAUGACUUGUGCAGAGGAAUUGAUGACGAACCCGUCAAAAAUCGGCACUUGCCUCAGUCCAUUGGCUGCAGCAAGAACUUCCCUGGGAGGACAGCCCUGGCCACACAGAAGGAGGUGCAACACUGGCUCCUGCAGCUGGCCUUGGAGCUGGAGUCCAGACUGAUCAAGGACAGGAGUCAGAACCACCGAGUGGCCAAGCAGCUCAUGGUGGUCAUCCGCAUGCAGGGAGACACCCGGCUGUCACGCUUCUGCGCCGUGACCCGCUACGAUGCCCAGAAGAUCUACAGCGAUGCCUUCGCCCUCAUCCAAAACUGCAACAUGGCCGGGGCUCACCAGGCAGCCUGGUCUCCGCCGCUCAUAUCAGUGCUUCUCUCAGCAAGCAAGUUCUCAGAGGCCCCCACGCUCCUUUCUGCAGGUAUCGCCACCUUCCUGACUAGUGACACUCAGCCCGAUGGCACUGACAGUGCAAAGACCGCGUCUUGGAGGAGGCCCAGGGUCAAGUUUUUCAGGAGCCCAAGCAAAGAGCAUAGACAGAAGCCGGCUAAUGCUAUUGAGUCGUUCUUCCAAAAGGCAGCAGAAAAGCGGCAGUCACAGGCAGCAGCAAGCAGCCUGCCAGCUGCUACCACCUCCCCAGAGCACCCGGAGGGAGCUGCUGUUGGACUUGCCUCUGAGCAGUGUGAUCUGGAGUCCCCUGUGAAGCAGAGUCCCAGAGACGGGAGUCCUACUUCUCCUUGCAAGAGGCUUCCCUGUGAGACGUUGCUGUCUGAUGCUACACAAACACCCUCGACUCCACCCAGCUCCAGGAUGCUUCUGAAAUUAGAGCCAGCUAUGGAAGGAAACGAGCAGAACUUGCCACCCUCUCCUGAGCUCACCCUGUUCCCCUGUGCCUCGCCGGGGGACCAGCAGCGCUGUGAGAAGUGCGGCCAGCACGUGCUGGUGUGGGAGCUCCCAGAGCACAUGGACUACCACUUCGCUGUGGAGCUGCAAAGCUCCUUCCUGGAGUCCAGCUUCCCCACAGCUCCAGCGGCAGUUCCCAGCCCGAAGGCUGCAGCUUCCAGGUCUCCUGCCAAGGCAAAGAACAAGCCCAAGACUCCGGCAGGAUCUAGUGCAAAACGACCCAGGGAAGGUGUGACAAGAACUUUAGAUUUUUUCUUUAAACGCUCGCCUCCUUAACAUCCAGCCCUGCUGGGAGUUUUUAGAGAAUCGCCGUUUUUAAAUACGGUUAAAAGUUUUUAUACUGCCUUGCUAGGUUUUAAUGCAGAAAAGUCUAAUAAAUUAUCUCUACCCCAA